GAUUCAGGUAUUAAAAAGUUUCUGGUAGUUGCAACAUUGUUUAUCAUGUUGUUGCGACAAGCCUGUAAUCUGGCAUUCUAUACAUCCAGAAAACCAAUAUACUCUCUCAGACGAAGAAAUUGUUUGGUAAGGUUUGGAGUUUAUGAAAUUGAGACACGGAAUCUUCACAGAUCUUGUGUACAGUUUUUAUAUGACAAGAGUAAAUUGGAGGAAACAUUGAAGAGAUUGAAGGAGCAAGCGACAUUGGAGGAGAAGGAAGGCCAGGCACGUAAACAGAUGAUAGAGAAGGCGAAGCAGCAAAUAACUCUGGAACCUGUAUAUAUACGAUGGCCAAGAGCUCUCAAAGAAGGCUGCAAACAUUAUUAUCAUGGGUUCCGAUUGUUAUUCCUGGAAAUGCGAUUAAGUGCCAAAUAUCUGUGGAGAUUCCUACGCAGAAAACCGCUAUUACGUCGUGAGAGGCAACAGUUGGUGAGAACGCUCUCCGAUGUGCUACGAUUGAUUCCAUUUUCUGCUUUCGUCAUUGUACCUUUUCUGGAAUUUACGUUACCUUUCUUCCUAAAAUUAUUCCCGAAUAUGUUACCAAGUACAUUCAAGGAUGCUACUAAAGAGGAGGAGAAAUUACGAAGAAAAUUGAAGGCAAAACUGGAAACAGCGAAACUGCUGCAAGCUGCCAUGGAAGAAAUGGCUUUAUAUAAAAAGAAAAAUGCUAAGGAUGAUGAUAAGACAGCCAGCAUUGCUGUUGAAUUUGCAGAAUUUAUAAAGAAGGUGCGUUCAGAAGGAAGUUACGUUAACAACAAGGAUCUUCUGAAGUAUAUUAAGCUAUUUGAAGAUGAACUUACGUUGGAUAAUUUGCCAGCUAACACACUCCGGGCAUUAUGUCGUCUUCUGAAUAUUCAACCAUUCGGUUCACUUGAAAUUAUCCGGUUUCAGUUAUCGUUGAAGUUGCGAGCUUUAAGAGCAGAUGAUCAGGAAAUAGCUUUGGAAGGUGGAGUGGAUAUGUUAACAGUGCCUGAGCUACAACAGGCAUGCAGAGCACGUGGAAUGCGUUCACUGGGGAUGAAUGAAGAGCGCCUUAAAGAACAGUUAAAACAAUGGCUGGAAUUAUCCCUUAAUGAUAAAGUACCACCGUCACUGCUGCUCUUAUCGCGCACUAUCUAUCUGCCAGAAGAUAUCACAUUUGUGGAUCGUUUGAAAGCACUAAUAACAAGCUUACCAGAUAAUAUCGCUGAGGAAACUCGCCAGAAUUUGGCAGAGAUUGAAGGUGAUAAAGUAAGUUAUGGAGCGAGACUUCGGCUUGUACAAAAUAUUGAGAAAGCCAUCGAUUCUGAAAGAAAAGCGAUGGAAGAAGCCGAAAAGAAGGAGGCAGCUAAAAAAGCUGAGGAGGAAAAAAUAGCAGCCAAAGCAGCAGCAAAAGCAGCAGUCAGUGCAAAAGUUGAAGCUGUGCCUGAACUUUCUGUGGAAUCACCCAGCCCAGACAAAGCUACAGUUUUAGAAAUCACGCAACCAAUAACACCUCAAGAAAUGAGGACUGACAUGGAUUCAGCCAGUAAAUUGCCAAUUGAUGAAGAACAUGUGCAGUCAAUAGAAAAUGUUAUCCAUGGCAAUGCGAUUUCAGAAGUAAAGUAUGACAUUAAAGAAUUGAAAGAACAAAUUAGCGAGCACAAUGAGGAUCUAGAAGAACUGGAUUCAUUAAUGAAAGAUCUAAAAGAGCCUAGGGGGGCUAAACUACUUCGAGCACGUGUCAACAAGAUGAUGAAAAAAGCAGAUAAAUUGUUGGAAAAGCUUGAUGAAGAUAAAAAAGCUAUCGAAAGUGCGGAUGAUGAGGAGAAAAAGAUGAAAGAAGAAAGGCUGAUGAAAGUGGAAGAUCUCAUAUGUAAAAUGCAAACCUUACAAAAGAUGAGCGAGGAGGAGAGAGAAGAAUUUCGGAAAAUAUUACAAGCUCUCGAUGAAGAUAGCGAUGGUGUAAUAGAUGUUAAUCUUGUCUUACAGGCACUGGCUUUGUUCGGAAGUCAUAAGGAGCUUCGAUUAACUGCGGAGCAGAUCAAGACAAUUGUGGAGAUGCUGAAGAAAGAAGAACAUAUUGAGGCGAUGAAGGCAUUCCUAGCAGGAACUGUACCUUAUCCUCCUCCUCCUCCUUCUCCCCCUUCUUCAGUAGUUGGUACUUCUGGUCCUGGUUUUUUGGCAGAUCCAUCAAAGGUUAUCAAGCAGAAGCUUUCUGCUGAUCCAACAAAGGGCUAUCAGUCGUGAAGCUCUCACAAAUCAACCAUUUCAUAAACUGCCGACAGAUAUAAAAC